AUGGGGAGAUCUCCAUGUUGUGAGAAAGUAGGGUUGAAGAGGGGAAGAUGGACAGCAGAAGAAGAUGAAAUAUUAACAAACUACAUUCAAGCCAAUGGGGAAGGAUCCUGGAGAUCAUUGCCCAAACAUGCAGGUUUGUUGAGGUGUGGGAAGAGUUGCAGGCUGAGAUGGAUAAACUAUUUGAGGUCUGGUUUGAAGAGAGGGAACAUCACUCCUCAAGAGGAAGAAACCAUUGUCAAGUUGCAUAGUGCUUUCGGGAAUAGGUGGUCUUUGAUUGCUGCACAAUUACCCGGACGAACUGACAAUGAGAUUAAGAAUUACUGGAACUCCCAUUUAAGCCGAAAAAUUUACAGUUUCACCAAGACAAUAAAAGAAAACAAACCAAGUGACAUUAAUGUUGUAACAACAGCAGGAGAGGGCAUGCCAAGAAGGGGUAGAACCAGCCGAUCAGCCAUGAAAAGACACAAGUUAGCAUUGAUGUCACUAGGUAUUCCUAAGACUGCUAACCCAAAUGAGGCGUUUGAUGAUCACGCAGCCCCAGAAAGUAAUCCUGCAGGGGGAGAAACCCAGAACAGAAAAGAGUUGACAUAUUUGCAACUUGAUAACGAGGGUAGAAGAAACCUUGGAAUGCAUGGCUCUUGCAUCCACAGCAAUGCGAUGCCAGCAAGCAAUUAUGACGAUCAGAGGCAAAGCACAGGAAUAGCAUUAAGUUCGGGUGAAGAAAGCUCUAGAAUUGCAGUUGAAAUUUACGGCUGCAGCGAGGGAGAAACUGAUCAGGUACUGGGACCAUAUGAGUGGCUAGACAAUGAAAUAAAUCGUCUUAGCAGUAUUCUGCAAAGUGAUCAAGGUGUGGAUCCAAGUGGGAACCGUGCAGGCUUGACAACCACAAAUGGAGAAAAUGGGGUCAGGGUUAUUAUAACUGAUCAGGACAGGGUUAAUGGUGUCCAAAAUGGCGCUGAAAAUGAUGAUCAAGAAAGAGAAAGCUAUGGCAUCUGGAACUCAAAUGCAAAUAUUCCUGAUGAGAAAUGGCAGAUGUGUAACUCUUCAUCACCAGGGAAUUCAGGGUUUGAUGAUCAGGAAUGGCUUCAUUGGGAAUAUUCUGCUGGUGAUGAUCAAUGGGAAUUAUGGGAUGAUUCAGACAAGGUGCUUUGUUGGUUACGGGAUAGUAGCAAUGCUGAUGAAGCUGGAAACACACCAAAUUAA